GACGACGAUCAUUUCAUCAACCCCAACCUGUUUGUGAACCAGGAGGCAGGCCGAACGAUUGGAUGGGAGAGGGUACCGUCUACACUUAGAGCCAAACCUGAGUAUGUGUCAGAACAAUUUCCUAACCCCUUUUAUCCCAUGCCGACCAGUAUGCAGACCCGUGUCAAGGAAAAAGCAGGCCCGUCUAUUAAGCUAGGCACGUUUGAUGGAAAAUCUUCAUGGGAUGAUUAUAAAGCUCAAUUUGACAUUUGUGCCAUGGUGUAUCAGUGGAGUAAUGAAGAGAAAACGGGCCAUUUGGCAACCAACCUACGAGGAGAUGCGGCGCAAGUAUUGGGCGAUCUCCCACCAGAACACCGCUUUAACUACGACCUAUUGACAACAGCACUAGAGAGGAGAUUCAGCCCCAAAAACAGAACCGAAUUUUACAGGGUGCAAGCAAGGAUGAGGAAAAGGAGUCCCAAAGAAACCCUUAGUGAGUUAGCCCAGGCAAUAAGGCGUUUAGUUAGCCUGGGAUGGACCAAUGAAACUGCUGAAGUGAAGGACACUUUUAUGCGAGAGUAUUUUCUAGACGCGUUAGAUGAUACCCGUUUGAGAUUGGAUGUUAUGCGAUAUCGGCCUAGAACCAUUGAUGAUUGUGAAUCGCUAGCUAUUGAAUUGGAAGCUUGCCAAGAUGCCGAGACUGCAAGAGGGCGGAGAUUAAAUUUGGUACGUUCUGCUGCUGCAAUUACCCCUUCUGACGAAUCUCACCCGACGGGCAAGGUGUUGGAUGAUGUAACUCGUUCCUUGGAAAAGAUCUCAUCCAAAGUGGAUUUAUUAGAAGCUGAAAUGAUGCGAACCAAACAAGUGCCACCGCCCUCUAGGACCGUGCAGUGUUUUAAAUGUGGUAGGAGGGGACAUUUUGCUCGAGAAUGUCAAGUACUGAAUGUAAAACCAGUCACUCCACCCCGUAGGAAUGUCCAGUGCUUUAACUGUGGAGGAUUUGGACAUGUGGCCAGAAAUUGUGUACCAGUAAAAGUUGGACCCCCACCAGCACCUAGAAGAGCAGAGGCAGUCAGUGCGAAUCAGUUAAACUAGCGGCGGUUGGAGAAGA